AUGCCUACCCACGGCCUUACGCUGCCCACGCCUCUGAAGUCGCCGGCCACUGCAACCCCGACCUACGAGCGCGAUCCCAUAGAGGCUCUUAGGGAGAGUCUCCAGUCCGAUGACGAUGCGACCUCUCCGAAUCACGAUGCCGACGGCGAAGCCGAUGAUGACAAUCUUAGUGGUGCCACAAGAGGCGCGUCCGACGCGGUAGUUAACCAUCAUCAUAACAACAACAACAACAACUCCACCUCCACCUCCACCAACAAUAAUACUGUCGCAACUGAUGCUACGAGCGAUUCGUCAUCCGCAGCCGCGGUCAUAGCGGCCGCAUCGGCUGCGGCGCAUGCGCAGCUUCAUCAGUCGCAGCAGCAAGCACAACAGCACCAGCAAACACAACAUCACAACGGCAACAACGCUGUUGCACCCAACUCGGCAUCAAAACCACGCUUUAGGUAUGAGGCCGAGAGAGUGUUACUGUCGGGUCCCGACGACCUCGACCUGUGGCUGGCGCAAACCGAGGCUAUCGCGACGGCCACAAACUGCUUCUCCGAGCUCACGCAACAAUUCAACGUGGCCACUUUCCCACCAGACGGUACCGUCAUGGCCCUUAUCUGCAGCGCGAGGUUCACAACCGCAUGGCGCAUCCUCGAAGAUACCAUCUCGGGACCCGUGUGGGCAAUGAUGCGCGUGUUCCAAUUGCAAGCGCACUACAAGUCACACAUGCUGCCUAACCAGAUCUACGAAUUUGCGCGCUGGGUCGCCUCCCGGAUGCCGAGUGUGGGAACCAACGAGCAGCCGCAAGAGGAGCGCAUGGCCAUGGUUACCGAGUAUAACAUUGCAGAUCCAGCGUACUAUCCUAACCAGAGAUGCUACGAGGAUGGUGUUCAAUUCCUACAACAGAAGCUGCACGAGCUCAUGAGGCUAGGGGAUUGGCGCGUCGCCGCCGCCAUGUAUGAUGAGAUCCCAGACUGGUGUCCAAAGCCUCCCCCGGGAAUGACGGAUGAAGAAAAUCAACACCAACAACAGCCGGAACACCAACAGGAUCAACAGGCCGUCGAUCAUGAACAGUCCAAUGGGAAGACCGAUUACUCGUCACCAUACCCACCGUUGCCUUCGGGACAGCCGGACGGUCACGACUCGCCGCAAACCGUCACCGGCGGCUAUCCUGCGCCUCCUAUCGAGACAACCAGUACGGCGGCUAUUAAGGGGGAGCCAACUGCGGUCGUCAGAGACGAUCAACCUCCGCCGAACAAGCGGAGACGUGGAAGACCUAGCAAAUACGCCUGA